UAUCACGAGAAGUGAUAUUAUGAAUUACGUCAGAACAAAGAUCCAUAUAAUGUUAGUUACUGUAGAUCAAUCAGUUGCAACUUAUAUUUACAUUUUCAUACUACAAGCAUCAAGGAUAUCAAAGAGAAACAAUGAUCCGCUUCGUACGAAAUAAGUUUUCAAAUUGGUCAAUUAGACAAAGUAGAUACAUAUCAACGAAUUUAUCUAUUACAACAUCAGAAGUUCAAUUACCAGAAUUUGCAGAUGUUAUAAUAAUUGGUGGUGGUAGUGCAGGAUGCCAUGCUUUUUAUCAUUUGGCAAAACGUGGGAUUAAUACAGUACUUUUAGAAAAAUCGAAAUUAACUUCUGGUACAACAUGGCAUACUGCAGGUUUAAUAUGGAAUUUACGUGGUGUUGAUGAUGUAGAAAUGGAAUUAUUAAAUGUUUCUAUCAAUGUACUUUCAUCUUUAGAAAAAGAAAGUGGCAUUAAUCCAGGAUGGAUAAAUAAUGGUGGUCUUUAUAUUGCUCAUACUAAUGAGAGAAUGGCAGAAUAUAAACGCUUGAUCACUACCUCCAAAGCAUUUGGUAUUGAUGCACAUAUAAUUUCUCCUAAUGAAGCAAAAGCGAUAUUUCCACUUUUAGAUGAAAAAGUUUUUCAAGGUGCAAUUUAUUCUUCAAGAGAUGGAACAGUAGAUCCUGCUAUGUUGAUUAAUUCCUUGUCAAAAGUAGCAAAAAAUUAUGACUGUAAGAUAAUAGAAGAUUGUCCAGUAACUAAAAUAUUAACAAAAGAAAAUAUAUAUGGUUUGAAAAAAGUUUUUGCUGUAGAAACACUAUAUGGACAAAUUAAUACUAAUAUUGUUCUUAAUGCUUCUGGAGCUUGGUCAAAUGAUAUAGCUAAAAUGGUAGGUUUAAAUAUUCCGUUAAUACCAAUAAAACAUGCAUAUGUUGUUACUGAAGCAAUAGAAGCUGUUAAAAAUUUACCAAAUGUAAGAGAUCCAGAUAUAAGUUUAUAUUUUAAAGUACAGGGUGGUUCUAUGAGUAUAGGAGGCUAUGAAAAACAACCUAGUAUGCUACAAUUGGUACCUAAGGAUUUUGCAUUUAGUUUAUAUGAGUUAGAUUGGAAUGUGUUUAAUGUACAUAUGGAGUCAAUGGUUCAAUUAAUGCCAAAACUUGCAAAUACUGGUAUAAAAGCAACAGUUUGUGGUCCAGAAAGUUUUACACCUGAUCACAAACCUAUUAUGGGUGAGGAUCCACGUUGUUCAGGCUUUUAUCAUUCCUGUGGAUAUAAUAGUGCAGGAAUGAUGUUUGGUGGUGGAUGUGGAGAACAAAUAGCAUUAUGGAUCAUUAAUGGACGUCCUGAUAAACAUAUGUUUAAAUAUGAUAUUCGAAGAUUUAUACCUGAACAAAUGAAUAAUUUAGUUUGGGCUACUGAAAGGUCUCAUGAAGCUUAUGCAAAAAAUUAUGAUGUGGUUUUUCCUCAUGAUGAACCAUUAAGUGGUAGAAAUCUCAAAACUGAUCCUUUCCAUGAUCUACUUGUUGCGGAAGGAGCAGUUAUGGAGGAACGUCAAGGAUGGGAAAGACCAGGAUGGUUUUUAAAAAAUAAAACAGCAGCUAUUUUGCCUUAUAAAAAUAACACAAUGAUAAUUAAAGAAAAUGAUGAAUAUAGACAAAUUUUAGAAACAGAAUGUACAUUUGACUUUCCUCUUCAUCAUGAUAUAAUACAGGAAGAAGCAUUGGCUUGUAGAACUAACGUAGUACUGUUCAACAUGUCUUAUCUUGGAAAAUUCUAUCUUUGUGGGCCAGAUGUACAAAAAGCUGCAGAUUAUAUUUUUACAUCAAAUACUAGAAGAAAUUUUAAUAGAAUAAUUUAUACCUGUAUGCUUAAUCAUAAAGGAGGUAUAGAAGGAGACUGUACUGUUACUGGUGUAGAACCUGAUUCAUGUGGUAUCAUAGAUCCUAUAUUUAAGGAUAAAGCAUUUUACAUAGUUUCAAGUGGAUUAUCAACAUAUCAAACAUGGGCUCAUAUUCAUAAUGUUAUCAAAAAAAACAAUUUUGAUGUUACAUUCCAUGAUACUACAGAAAAAAUAGGCAUUCUAUCUAUACAGGGUCCUAAAAGCCAGCAAGUACUACAAACACUGAUAGAAGAUGAAUUAUCCAGUGAAAAAUUUCCAUAUUCAACUAGCAAGAUAGUACAAAUAAAAAAUGAAACAGUACGUAUAUUCAGGCUUAGUUUUGUUGGUGAAAAUGGUUUUGAACUUCAUAUACCAAAGCAGUCAUGUAAAAAAAUUUAUGAAGCUGUAACUGAAGCUGGUCGAAAUUAUAAAAUGAAACUAGCUGGAUAUCGAGCAUUAUAUAGCUUAAGCUGUGAAAAAGGAUAUCAUCUAUGGGGUUUAGAUCUAAGAAUAGAUGAUAACCCUUUAGAAGCAGGUUUAGAAUUUAUUUGUCGCAAAACUGGUACAUAUUUAGGAAAAACAGCAAUUGAUCAACUUUAUAUAAAUGGAAUCAAAAAGAAAUUAGUACAUCUACGUCUUAAUAGCAAUAUUCCUAUGUGGGGGUUAGAGACUGUAUAUAGAAAUGGUCAAUUAGUUGGAUAUGUAAGAAGGGCAGAAUAUGGUUAUACGUGUGGUAAUAGCAUUGGACAUGCUUAUAUUAAACACCCUAAUGGAGAGAAUAUAACAAAUGAAUAUUUACAAACAGGUAUCUAUGAAAUUGAAGUUAUGGGAAAAAGAUAUUCUGCUAAUAUAUAUUUAAAAAGCCCAUUUGAUUCUGAAAAUAAACAAUUGUAAGGUAUAUGCUAAACUUAACAUCAAACAUACAAUUUUAUAUAUGAUAGAUAACCAUACUUUUUCAAAUGCAGUAGACGGCCUAAAUCUUUUAUAACCAAGCCUGAUUUUUUAUUGUUUCCGGUUUUGAAAAAUUUUAAACAACUUACGAAAUAUUUAUCAAAAUCUCUUCUUUAAGCUACAGUUGUUCAUUAAGUCAAAUGUUUAAUUUUUGUUCAAUUAAAAUAAAAAUUCAGAAGAAAA